AUGACAGUCUCACAUGCUCAUAUCAGAGAGGCACUACGGCAUUCACUAAAAUGUACACUAAGUCACACACCUACAGAGAGGAAAAGAAAAACAAGAAAAGAACAACAACAACAGGAUACCAACAGCACACAAGGCAGUCACAAUACAAUAAUCACAGCUGCCACUCUCAUCAGAGAAAAACAUUCACCCACACCAAAAAAGAAAAAAAAGAAACAGACCCAUUACGUGAAGCCGAAGCGGAACAGUCUCAGUCCCUCCCCGCAGGCUGCAGUCACUCAGGCAAGCCACACACACAACACAACACAAGGGCGGAAAUAUGUUCGUGGCAAUGCCGUGAGUGACACCACCGAGAGAGAAGGUGAGAACAAAGAAAUGUGUUUUCAUUACGUGGACGGUGCGAGUAGCAACCUAAACACACACACAGAAAAAUACUCAAACACCUACAACCCAACGAUCUUUAUACCAUAA